AUGUCAUCUUCCUUACCCUUGGGGAAUAACCCCAAGUACAGCGAGAUCGCGACCACCACACCAUGGAAAUUAACGCGUUGCGGGCCGAGAUCACCUACUUCCGUUGAUGAUUCCCGAACUCGCAGCGGCCCCCACAUGCCACAAUCGCCAACGAUCGCUAUGCUCAGUCAUGUUCUCGUGGACAGACGUGAAUGGCAAGGCUACGCGGACGCGGAUGGUCACGUAUACUACACGCAAGGCGAACGUCCCCGUACGAUCACAGAUGCCGAUAUGAAGGACUCGGCGACGGCUCAGUAUGUUGAUGCGUAUGCCGGCGUCAUUCUAGCUCGCGCGAAAGAGCUCGACCUCACUUUUGGGCCGCGAAUCGAACUCUUUAUUGAAGUUGACGACCACGACGUUUGUAGGUAUUAUUUUGCUGAUCACACGGGGCGCACGCUGUUCUGGCUUGACGGUGACCCCUUGGCUUUAUUGGGACUAUCCUCUGUCUGCAAACGCAUGCAUCUCAAACUUAUACUGGAAGACAACUACUGGAAGCAUGUCGAGAUGUUUAGCUUGCAUUUGCCCUCGCUGGGCGACGCUCUCGACGAGCUCUUCCUCAUCCACUGGGAAAGCCGUGCCGAACUCGCAACGCCUUCGAAACUGGUGUUCUACUUCUCUCCAGAAGAGAUGAAGACUCGCCUGGAAGCUCUAGCCUUCUGUCGCUCUCUGUUGUCCAACCCGACCACCUUCGCCCUGGUUGCAAGUCUAUGGGGCUCAACAAUCCGUGCAAAGCUCACGUACUUGGGCCACGACUGCGCGCACGUCUUGGUCACACGCUCUGGAGAAGGGCACACGCACAGCCGGGAUGCUGUGUCUGUCAUGUUCUGUCUGGUUUCCUUCGUCUUAUUUGGUCUUCCGAAGGACAAAAGCUUGCGUCUCAUAUGCCUCUACCGGAGCGGUGCAUUGAUCAACAAGACCCUGCUCGAAGCCAUCAUCAACCCAGCAACGAAGAAAGAGCUGUUCACGCAAGGCGCUCUCGGAAUCGUAAACCUCCCUGGAUCCCUAGCAGCCCUUGGCCUGCCCCCCUUCACGACACUCACGUACGUGAGCCUGCUGCUCAGUUUCGCGGGUCUUUUGCUCUCCGUCCUCCUUCAAGCACGUUUCGACUCGGACUCCCCGAAGAAUUACCGUCACACACGCGCAUUCUUCCAGGCGCUUACCCCGAGGAAGAUCGCUGCGCUCGCCAUCGUUCUGAGCCUGCCGCGUGCCAUCUUCAUCUGGACCGUAGUCCUCUUCGCCGUACAAUGCGCCCUGGCCUUCUACCGAUCCGUCCCGCUUUACCUGAGCCUGCCCUUGUCGGUGGGUCUCUUAUGCAUUGCAGGGGCGGACCUUUCAUCAAGUGGUGUAGCCCGGUUGAUGAGUACCCACGCUGCCGCUUUGUUUUUGUACAUGGGUCACGACUGUCUCUAG